AUGAAAGCGUUUUCCGCGAGUUUUCCGUCGCUUCCGCUCAUUGUCUGCGCAUUGGUCGGUCCCUCCGUUCUUUUCACCUUCUGGAAGCUAAUAACUUCAGAUUCCAUUCACAUUUGGCUCAAUUGGCCCGCAAAUCUGUGAGCAGUAUGAGUUAGUUGAGCAGAAAUUCAAGUGUGGUCCACGUGGAUACCCGCUGAACUAUGGGCUCAGAAACUGCCUAGUAUUCACAAAUGAAAGUCAGACACCAAAUGCGAAUCUGCUUCUAUUAUAAUCUUUCAGGCAUUCAAAAGCAGUUCACCCCGGCAGGACGUCAAUUUGUCGAUUGUUCCACGCGUUGUCUUGUCUCUGCCAUCCUUAAUAUUUCUCAAGUAAGUUAGUUUCUCAGCUGCUUGUCUUUUAUUCGUUCCGUGUUCCAGUUCUCCACAAGUUGUGCUCAAAUUCAAAAAGAAGCAUUCGAAUCGCACGUCGACUGCUACCUGAAUUGUAAUUUUUGCGAAGUGUGCAAAACGGAGAAGAUUGCCCUUAUGAAGAGCUACGAUUGGACCGAUUUUCUUAGUUUUUCCGCCGCCCAACAAGUGUUCGCCAUCAUCCGUAAAUGCGGAGUUUUCGGGUGUUUCCGUUUAUUUCACUUCUGAACUCUUUUCCUUGCUCGGGUUUCUUUUUCUGUUCUUUCGAAUAAAGCAUAUAACCUAGUGCACUCACUACUCCGCACUCUCAAAAGAGCAUCACGAGUUUACUCGAGUUUCCAAGGCGACCGACGCUCUCUUUCUUUCCCCCUUUCGCUUUUCAGCAUUAUCAUGUCAUUGCCUCUCUUUUUCUCUCUGUCCCUGACUGGCGGAUUAUCCCCCUUUUCGUUUCUCAUUCCUUUCAAAAACCUUUUCUUGCGCUGUUUGACUAGAGAAUCUUUCCAGAACGUUCCUUUAUUGAAACGAUACGAACGUGAAUCGGAAGAUUUUAACGAGAGGAUUCCGUACGUGUUCUCCAAUUUUGCUCCCGAUCUCUGAAACUCGAGAAGAACUCAUCUGAAACAUGAUUUUAGGACAAGCAAAUUUAUCAGAAAUAGAAUUUCAGAUGAAGAACACGUUCGGAAUCUUCUCGCUAAGACCUUUCGAUCCAUGCAGGCCUUGUUCCGAAAGGCACACUUGACCACAGAUCACAGAUGUUUAUAGGGUAGAAAAAUUGACUUCUCGAAAAAAACUGAUUUACACAAUACUCCAAUGGUUGUAUUAGAAUUCCAGUAUAUCCUUAUUCCAAGUUAAGUAUUCUCUGCUCAAGCUGAAGUGGCUAAAAUAGCGAUCAAAGAACAUUGUAAAGGCCGUCACGAAUUCCAAGAGGAUUAGUGGCCGAGAAGUGGAAACAUUACUCCGUUUCGUUAUUAAAAGCAUUCUCAAGUGCUCCGAACUUUGAGACAUCGGAAUAUUCUAAACCUCUCUUUCAUUUCAGAUGACAUUCUCUUCAAAACCCAGUGGGGGAGUUGGCGGUUUUCUGAAUGUCUUCAAUCGUAUUCGAACGUUCAGUGGCGUUGAGAUUGACCAGUUUGCAACCCGUGAAUACGCGAAAAAAUGCGAAAAGUUUCACGAAGACCCUCGUCCGUUCGCAGCGUACGUUUCCGGAAGAAAUAGGCUGCAGUCUUUAUUGAAUACUUCAGAUUCAUUCUCAACUACGGAGGAGAGCUGCAGAUGGUCUCUUUCGCGAGCAGUCCUGCUGAAGAAGUGGAUGUGAAGAAGCUGAAAAGUCCGAAGACGAAAGAUCAGAUCCUCCAUAAACACCCGAUUGUUCUGGCCAGAAGGGGGCUUUUAAGGUAUCUGAUAAAUGAAGCGAAGAAAAGGGAAAUCAACGUGGACGACACGGUACUUACGGUAAAUGAAGAGGGAGAACUACAAAUGCGUGCCAUGUGUCAACUGUUUUUGUACUCGACUCAUUCGCACGUCUGCGAGAACGUCGUCAUGGGCAUCGAGGCGUUGAAGACGUGAGAGCAGAAAACACAAAACGAAAGGAAGCACAAUAGUUUUAGGCAUGACACGAACCACUGCAUUAUGAACAAAAUGCGUCGUUGGAAUGCGCUCGGAGUGCAGGGAGCGCUCCUUUCCAACGUGAUGGCUCCCGUCUUCAUCUCGAAAGUCGUCUACGGAACGCCCUCUCCGAUCUCUCCAGACGACAUUUGGAGGCUCCUAUUCGACAGUUUGGAUAUAAAAGAUCGAGAACUCACAUUCGAAGAAGUGGCUGGAACGGCUCCAGAACUGCGAAAUGACCGUACUACCGUGUGGUUCCAAGGACUCAGCGGGCUCGAUGUAAUCGGAGAGAACGGCAAAAUAAUCGAGGAUAACGUUGGAUCGAGUGUGUGCAAGGAGGAGGUGUUCAACGCGUAUUUACGGUUGACAGUGGCCGACAAGCACGUUCUGAAGUACUCGAGAGCGAAGAAGAGAGCAGGACACUACCAGCUGAUGAAGCAGAUUCUGUACAAAAAGGUGAGCAGGAGAAGAAGAGGAAUCUAGUUGAUUGAAUAUUGAUACGUUUCAGUGGGAGAGCGAGAAGAAUGGAAAAUGGCUGAGCAGGAAGAAGAAUAAAGCGGACAAAUUCUGGGUGGAAGUCAGGAAACAGUCCAACAGCCGUUGA